AUGAGCCUACGCGGUACCUUCGACACCCGAUUUCAGACUGAGGAGUCUGACCACACCUACUUCCUUCACCAUGUCGAUGAAGACGCCAAAACACUUUGCGUGCAAGUUCUCGGCUAUGGAAUUUCAAACAUCUUCCUCCAUCAGCAGUCAGCGACCGACAAUCGCAAGCAAAUGACGCUUGCUAAAAAGACCAGCGGCUUUCUUGCUGCUGUGACGGCCUCGCGGAAACGCAUUGUGCUGGCGUGGGCAGAGAGCGGACAUGGCAUAGGCCGCCAUGGCGAUCGCCUCAAGGCUAGCGGGCACGUCCUUGGCAACACGAAAUGGGCAUCCAUGGCUAUUAAACUAGCCAAAAUCCUCGACCUUGAUCUCGCGUCGCCGUUUGAUAAGCCCACUACGCCGCCUGGCAGCUUCCAAGCCGCGCACGUGGAAGUUAAGCUAGCCGCGCAUGCCGCAAUGCUUCUACUGCAGCAGUCUAGGGCACAUAUUACAGAGCGCAGCAGCAGUGCCCUGACACGGGCGAAUCUAGCACAGCUUCGGCAUCUGCAAUGGAGUAAUGGCAGUCCGAUCCACUUUGAAGGCACGAGGGUCGUCCCCAUUCGUUAUCAUCAGCAGCAGCUCAAGGCCGCCGCGAAGCUUGGCCUAGGCCGCAGCCCAGGUGCAGAGAGCAGGAAGCGCAAGCACAAGACUACGACUACAACUACGACUGUAACCACGACCAAGCUGCAAACUUACGAAGAAAAUGGGGUCAUCCAUUAUAUGCCGCCUCAGAGGCCCGAUGAGGAAUCGGGUGCUUCACAGGCGAGCGCGCCUUUUCGAAUCCCAAUCCCCGUGCGCGUGUCGCCGCACCACCUUUCCGACGUUGACAAACCGCUCCCGGCCACGCCAGUUACCGAAGCACCCGACGUGAGCUCUCAGGAAGCUGACGCUGAAAAUAUGCUGGCAGAGCCAGUCGAUAACCUCCCAUUCCCGCCACGGUCCCCGCGUCCCUAUGGCAUGUCCCUUAGUUGA